GUAGAAAGAAGAAGAAGAAGAUUAGAGGAACACAGAGUCACAGACAUUGCAGAGACCACCAAGAAAAAUGGAAAGCUAAGCAGAAAAGAGACCGAGAUACAAGAGAAGAGAGAUGCAUCAGAUGGUGAAAUUUGUUAAGAAAUUAUCUUAGGACAGAAAUGGUGGGCUAGAAGAUUUGGACUUCUAAAACGAAGGAGUUGAAGAUUUAGGCAAGAAAACCAAAUACAUUGCCAUACAACAAUGCAAGCUAAGAUCAGUACUUUCUUCAAAAACCCUACUUCUACUUCUAUGGCACCCAAAUCUCCAGACCCACAUCCCAUUUUUGACGAACUCACCAUCUGGGAGAACAAACAGCACCAAGUCUUCAACACCUACUCACGCAGAGCUCGAAACCCAGAUAGUAACAAAGGGUCAAUUGGUGAGAUACUAGUGAAGAAACCCAAUUCAGAUAAUUUGUGUUCAAUAGCGAAAUCGAAGAGUUCUGAAAGAGCAAUUAAGACGAAGAAGAAGAGAACUUAUGCACAGUUGCAUUUGGAUUUGGGUCAGUCUGAUUUUAAUUUACACACAUGUUCAACAUGUGGGGUCAAGUAUGCUCCUGGAGAGGAAGAGGAUGAGAAGGCUCACAAGAGAUUUCAUAGAGACUAUACCCUUGGGAUUCCAUUCAAGGGUUGGUGCAGUGAAAGGGUUGUCCAUAUGCCUUCAAUUGAAGGUGGUCGAAUCGUUUUGGUGUUAGAUUGUGAUCCUGUUGCACAUAGGAGCAAGGUCGAGGAAGUGGUAAAAAUGAUGGAGAUUGAGCUUGGAAGUGGAUGGAUUUUCCAUAAGAGUUGUAAGGUGUAUCUGUUUAUUUCCUCCCAAAGGAUUGUAGGUUGCCUACUUGCAGAACCAAUAAAACAAGCAUUCAAAGUUUGCUCAUGCUCAUCGAAUGGGGGAUCUGAGGGCACUUCUUCCAAGGAAGUGGCAAGACAAAGUUCAACCUCCCUCCAAUUUGGGGAUAUCAGUUUUAAAAGGGAAGUCAAGAAAAGAACCCGUUCUGUUAAUAGUUCUAAGGUUUUGGAUGGGAAUCUCAAUGGAGCAAUCAUUUGUGAAAACGAAGGGGUACCUGCUGUCUGUGGCAUUAGAGCUAUUUGGGUCACUCCCUCUAACAGAAGAAAGCACAUAGCUAGCCAAUUACUGGAUGCUGUGAGGAUGAGUUUCUGCAUGGGUUCUGUUCUUGAACUCUCUCAACUGGCACUCUCUCAGCCAACCUCAGCUGGAAAGGCACUGGCAUCCAAUUAUUUUAGCACUGGAUCUUUCUUGGUGUACAAAACCAACGGUCUAAACUCACAGAUGGUUAAUUAAAAAUUUCUAGACUAAGCAUCUCCUGAUGAAGUUGUUUACUUUCAAUGGAAGCUUUGCAAAACCUUUUUCUGCUUUUGCAUUAAUUUUUAGGGAAACUAUUGCUAAUAUUUGGUGGAAGUAUUUACCACCUCUGUUCAGCUGAGUCAUGCAGAUGCAUAUCUGCUUUGUUAUUGGAGGGAGUAAAAGAUAUCUGUAACUCUCUAGGGUAACCCAAAUGAGAGGGGAAAUAAAUAUGAAAGAGAAAAAUAAAGCAGAUAGGACCAUUUUUAAGAAAAACAAUAA